AUGGCGCCCCCACUCUCGAAACGGAAACAAACAAUUUCGGACGACGACGACCCCAGUGGCUUCGUCCUUUUUUCUGCCUAUCGCCAACUCCAUGAUCACGUUGGAACCCUGACAAAUAUCAUUUCUGAUCUGAGGUACGCCCUGCUUUCCUCCUCCUCCAAAUCGGUUAUUGAUAAAGUAUCCUCUCUUGUUCCUGCCAUUCCUACUAUCCCUUUCCUUCCUGAACCUCAAUUCCUUCCUCCCCUUCCCACAUCGACAGUUCCAGACACUGCUAGUUUUACUACUACUGCUAUUCCUAUUCUAACAAAAUAA